UCUCAUUUCCAAAAACAUAUACAAUCAUCCUGCACAUUGAGAAUUAAUUAGUACGUAGAACCAUGCCUCGUACGCUCAUGCUCUUCAAGAAGCCACUGAAACCCACUGACAUCACCAAAAGGCUGGCUAUCCCAACCAAGAGUCUAGGUUUCUUUCCACACUUCAAUGGAGGCUAUGCAGUAAAAUUGAACAUUAGGUAUGAGAGUAGGGUGUGGCCAAUGGCAUGCUCCACUAGGAAGCAGGGGCACAAGAAACCUGUUCUCUCUAAAGGUUGGUUAGCCUUUGUUCGCAAAAACCACUUGAAUGUUGGGGAUGUAGUGGCGCUCUACAAGGAGGAAGAUGAAGCAGGAAUACUCUGGUAUCGGAUGGAGGUGGAUAGAGCAACCAUAGCACCCUCAUCUGACGGAAAUUUGGGUGUUUUAGCGCAGCAAACAGAAUUCAAGCAAUUAGGUAAAGCAUGCUAUAGUAAACAGACAAAUUUGGGAUUGGUCCUAAAUAAAAGCUGUCUAGAUGAAGUUGUUCCGAAUUUAGAUUUGACUUUGGCUCCACCUGCUCCAUCUGUGGAGCUGUUAAGCUAGAAAAUGCUGUAGAAAUUAAAUGACUAGUAUGGUCUAAGAAUUAGGGGUUUGAGGCUUGGUGAACCUAGUAUGCUUAACCAUUUUCUCUUCCGCAAACACUCUCUGCUUGUGGGCGUGUCAGUGUGUGUUCAAGUUUUAAGGGUAACAAAUUAAUGGUCUAAGU